AUGGGAUGCGUUAAAACUCAAAGUGUUGAGAUUUAUCAAGAAAAUUCAAAUUAAUUAUUAAAUGAUUAGAAGGUAGUGGAAAAUCAACAGAAAAUUUAUCCUGACCAAGGCAACUUUUGGUAAGGAUUAUAAUUCUACAUAGGUGUGAAUGUGGAUUUUAGCUACCCAGAAUUCAUGAUUUUUGAUGUUGGAGGGAAGUACCAAGUUUGUAAAGUAAUUAUUAUGAAAAUGCAGAUGGACUCAUUUUUGUAAUUGAUUCAUCAAAUAAAGAGUAGUUAUUUUUAUGUCAAAGAAUAAUUAUUAAAUUUGAAUAAGAUUUAGAGUAGUAAUUCUCAACAUGUUUACAAAGCAAGAUAAAUUACAUCUAGAUAAUUAAGUCUUGAUUUAAGAAUGCGGAAUUUUUGGAUAUUAGGCAUAGACAGCAUCUUUUAAAUAUGUAGUGCCAAAACCGGUUAGAGAGUUCAAGAAGGGAUCUUAAAGUUAAUAAACUUAAUAAAAAAAUAUAAAUACCAAAAAUUCCAUUACACUCAAUUAAAUAAAAACAACGAAAAAUAGCAGUAUGAUAGUUAAUUCAAAGAUAUAAAUCUAAAUCUAUAUCCCUAUUUCUAGGUAAUAGCAUUCUAAAUCUUCUCUAUAUUUUUAUUGGAGCUUAUCUCAUUCUCUAAAAUAAGUAACUUAAACUCUUCAUUCUAAAUAUCCAUAAAUCAAACAGUCUGCUUUACGCAUUUAAGUUAAUCUCUAUAUAACUAUUUAACCACUUUAUCCAUCUCGGAUUAGUCUUUAUUCUUUUUCAUUCGUGUUUAUCUUCCAACCUCCUUUAUUUAUUUCAUUUUCUUAUCAUUAAUUUUUCUAAUAUAAUAAUAACUUCGAUAAUAUUCAUUAAUCACAAUGAAAGCUUUAAUUCUUAUUUUUUCUAAAGAACUGUCAAUAAAAACAUUCAAAAUUCUUCUAAUGGUCAAGUAUUCCAUUCUUCAUUUCUUAAUCUACUAACACCAACAUUCUUCUGCAUUUUCUUAAUACAUUCUAUUUUAUUUUUAAAUUGGUUUAGCCUACUUUACUAAAAAUUACAUAACCUUUAUUUCUUUCUUAUUUAAUAUAGUCUGUAUGAUUCUGUUUUUAUAUCUUAUUGAAAUCAAUUUAAUUCAUUUCAUUAUUGCAAUUAGCAUUGGUAUUAAUAUUAAGUAGUAUGCGAAUUGA